GCUGCAAGGGAAGGGCUGUACCUCGGGUUCUGUAGCAAUAGAUUUCCCAAGGCUUAUCUCUGCGAAGGCCUAGCAGGCGGAGCGGCGAGCAGAACGACCUCCGCAUCCCGACACGGCCCCGCCUCUAGUUGUCCUCAGCCUCCCUCUCUGGUCAGGUAAGCGCUCUUUUUUUCGAGUUUCCCGCGGCAGCUUACCCUUGGAGACGACCGACCGCGGCCUAGAGUUUUGCGGGCGGGGCCCGCCAGAGGCUAGGGUGGAAGAGGCGAUGGUAGAAGCCGGAGAGGCGGUAAGGAGAGUCCAUUCUCCCAGAAAGGGCAGGCCGCCCAGGCUAAGGCCUUGGGGAGUCAAGGGAGCCGCGGGUGGAUGCGGAAGUGCACCGACUCCUCCCCGCUCGGGUGGGGGCUUUGGCGGGGCCAGGCUUACCCUUCAGCAGCUCCCUCCAGGUGUCCGGGCCCAGCCUCGGCCACCACGUCCCACUGGACCCCUCUGGACUCUUCAAUGUUACAUGACAGCUGCCUGGAUCUGUGGAGGGAAAAGAAUGACCAGCUAGUGCGACAAGCCAAGGUGGCUCAGGACUCUGGUCUGUCUCUGAGGAGACAGCAAUUGGCUCAAGAUGCACUGGAAGGGUUCAGGGUACUUCUCCAUAGUCUGCAGGGGCUCCCUGCAGCUGAUCCUCUUCUCCACUUGGAAUUGACUGUUAUCUGCAACUUCAUUACCCUGAGGGUGAGUCUGGCCCAGGGUUUCACUGACGACCAGGCACAGGAUAUCCAAUGGGGCCUAGAGAGAGUGCUGGAGACCCAGGAGCAGCUGGGGUCAAGGCUGGAACAUGGACUUGGAGGGCUGUGGGACUCUGUCCUCCAUUCUUCCUCCCUUCCACCAGAGCUACUACCUGCCCUUCACCACCUAGCUGGCCUGCAGGCUGCCCUUUGGCUCAGCACUGAUCGUCUUUGGGACUUGACCUUACUGCUACAGACCUUGAGUGGCAGCCAGAGUGGGGCCUCUGAAGAUCUGCUGCUGCUUCUGAAAACUUGGAGCCCUCCAGCUGAGGAGUCAGAUGCCCCGUUGACCCUGCAGGAUGCCCGGGAGUUGAGGGAUGUCCUUCUGACAGCUUCUGCUUAUCGCCAAGGCCUCCAGGAGCUGAUCACAGGGAGCCUGCCCAGGGCACUGAGUUGCUUGCAUGAAGCAGCCUCAGGUCUGUGCCCACGGCCUGUGUUGGUCCAGGUGUACACAGCCCUGGGGACUUGUCUCCGUAAGAUGGGAAAUCCACAGAGAGGUCUGCUGUAUUUGGUUGAAGCCUUGAAACAUGGGUCAACCUGGGGCCCCCCACUUUUGGAGGCCUCCAGGCUAUAUCGGCAACUGGGGAACACAGCAGCAGAGCUGGAGAGUCUGGAGCUGCUGGUUGAGGCCUUAAGUAUCACUCACAGUUCUGAAGCCCCCCAGCUCCUCAUUGAGGUAGAGUUGCUACUCCCGCAACCUGAUCCAGCCUCAUCCCUUCACUGUGGCACACAGAGCCAGGCCAAAUACCUGCUAGCAAGCCGAUGUCUACAGACGGGAAGGGCAGAGGAUGCUGCCGAGCAUUACUUGGAUCUGCUGGCCCUGUUGCUGGAUGGCUCAGAGUCAAAGUUCUCCCCAGCCGCCUUCCCCCCAGGGCGUUGUGUGCCUGAGGUGUUCUUGGAGUCAGCAGCAGCCCUGAUCCAGGCAGGCCGAGCCCAGAAUGCCUUGACUGUAUGUGAGGAGCUGCUCAGCCGCACAUCAUCUCUGCUUCCCAAGAUGUCCCGGCUGUGGGAAGACGUCAGAAAAGGAUCCAAGGAGUCACCACACUGCCCACUCUGGGUCUCUGCCACCUACCUGCUUCAGGGACAAGCCUGGGUGCACCUGGGGGCCAAAAAAGAAGCAAUUAGUGAAUUUAGCCGGUGCCUUGAGCUGCUCUACCGGGCCACACCUAAAGACAAAGGACAAGGGUCUGCUUCCAACUCUGAUCAUGGAUGUACAUCAGAUGUGGCACUACAACAGCUUCGGGCAGCUGCCUUGAUUAGUCGUGGGCUGGAAUGGGUGGCCAGUGAUCAGGAUACCAAAGCCCUACAGGACUUCCUCCUCAGUGUGCAGAUGUGCCCAGGUAAUCAAGAUGCUUCCUUUCACCUGCUUCAGACUCUGAGGCGGAUGGACCGGAAAGAUGAGGCCACUGCUCUCUGGUGGAGACUGGAGGCCCAAGCUAAGUUGCCACAAGAUAAUGCUACAUGGUCUCUUCCCCUGUACCUAGAAACAUGUUUGAGCUGGAUACGGCCCCCUGACCGUGAAACCCUUCUUGAAGAGUUUCGGACGUCCUUGCUAGAGCCUUCUGACAUAUAGCUGUCAUGUUUUGAAGAGCCCGAGCUGGGGACCCAGUGGCCCAUUUCUCUGUGGGGAGGUCUUUCUGUUUCUGGAGUUGACCAUUCCUUAUAAGUCUGACAUUGGAGUGGUUGGUGAUAGUCCUGUAAAAUUUGGCCUUGUUACUACCAUUCUGGUUCCAGAGGAAGACCCCUACUUACAAAAAGGCAUUGACUUUGCUCAUGGCACCUUUUCCCCUGUUUUCCCCUUUCUUGUGUUGAGUAAAAUCUCAUAUCCAUCU